ACAAUACAUAUCCGGCAAACGGCGGAGAGGCGGACAGAACGGAGUAAAGAUGGCGGCUUUCGGACGAUUCUCUCGGGCCUUCCUGAGGUCUUCCGCGGCUCAGAGUCGCCAGCUGUCAGCGGUGGCCCACGGCGAGCAGCACCAGAGCGGGCGUACAUGGAAGAUCCUGACCUUCGUGGUGGCUCUGCCUGGUGUGGGGGUGUGCAUGCUCAAUGCAUUCCUGAAGAGCCAGCACCACAGUCAUGACCAACCCGAGUUCAUUCCCUACCCCCACCUGCGCAUACGCACCAAGCGCUUCCCAUGGGGUGACGGAACCAAAACUUUGUUCCACAACCCUCAUGUCAAUGCUCUCCCCGAUGGGUACGAGAGCACUGGGGAUCACUGAAGAUAACCUCUGCUGAAGACCUCUCUGCAGUGGGACCAGAGAUGAACUUCUACACUCCCUGGAUUUUGGACCAGGACUUGACCACACCACCUCGUACAGUUUACUCUUAAUGUUAAACCUUCAGUUUACUUCUGUGCCCAAGCAAAUGGCACCAUAUUAUAUACAAUACUUUCAUUUUACUGGACCACGUAAUUCAAUGUUGACUUAACCUGUCUAAUAAAGAUUACUUAGAAACA